AUGUCCUCGGCGGCUCCUUUGUCGGCCGUCCCUCCUCAGGGCUCCUCCAGUGCCCGUCAGUCAGCGCGCCAGACACGGACCAAUCCAUCUCGCACCUCCAAGACCCAAGGACGCUCGUCUUUCGCCUAUGGACACUCCUCGCUGGCAGACACUACUCCCACGUCUCCCAUCCCUCAUGGAUUCUAUCCGGCCAUCACACAUUUCACCGAUGCCAUCGCCGCCCUACCCCGAGAAUUUCGUCGGCACAAUUCGUUGCUGAAAGAGGUCGAUGCGAAGGCAUGGGCCUUGGAGGAUAAUCUACUCCAGCUACUCAAGACCUCGUCAGAGUCACAAGCAGUCCCUUUUCCUCCGAACCCGGCCCCCGUCAUUGCUGGGGCGGUGCGCGAUGAUCUCUUGCCUGCGGGCCUUCCUCAACAACCCGAAUCCCAGGAUAGCAGAAACCGUCGGGUUCUCUUCGAUCGCGUACGACAUACCCUCUCGGACCUGAUGAUGACGGCGGACGAGAAGAACCAUGUGAUCUCCAAUGCCAACGACGAGCUGGAUCGCCAGCUUCUGCGUCUGGAUACCGUCUUCCCUUUCAUUGCUGGCGAGAUCAGCGAUGAGGCCCGCCUCGGCAGUCUCACCCAUUGGGCCUACUCGAAUCGAAACGCAGCGGCCAAGACUGCUGCCAAUGAGCGUCCUCGCCGAGAGGUCGCUUCCAACAAGGAUAUAGUUCAUGCCUUACAGGAGGCCGAGGCCGCGUCGCGGAGCGAGGCGCGACGUGAGGCUGUCAUGGCGAGGCGACAGCGCCGGGCGCACGGCGAGUCCGAUCUGGAUGAGGUUCGCGCCGCCGGCGGUCGCAAGGGACAAUCUAAUAAGGCGCGUGCCGCGGCCGCGGGCGAUGCGUCCGCCGCUGGUAAUGCGCAUGCGACGACCGGGACGUCGGGCCAGACGAAGCGUCGCAAAGUUGAGCGGCCCCCUCCCGUGGACACAUCGACUGCUAUGGAGCGCUCCGCCAGCGGCAAUGUGUCGGGCCGGAUGGCCGCGAAAGAAGGGUCUGAUGGUACGAAGAAGAGAUCUCGGGCACCGAAUACGAAUUCGGCUGCCGCACGCAAAAGGAAUAACACCGGCGUCUCAACAACCGAGUCGCCCAUUUUGGCGCCGUUACCGGUUUUCGGUGCUGCGGCGAUUCCACGAAGCGCAGCCAGCCCAGGACCAGCUCCCGCCGCUGCGCGACCACAGUCGUCACGAACUCAACAGAAUAACGGCCAAGCCGCCAAUGGGCGUCAAAGGCCCUCGUCAUCGGCCUCCAACCGUGUUAAUAACAAUAAUAAAACGAACGAGGCAAGGACAACGCCUAAGGAAAUCGCCUCCAAGGUUGAUGCUCUACUGCCGCCAAUCCCCGAUCCAAAGCGGAGAGAAACAGAGACCGAGCCCGCGGAUGCGGCUGCAUCGUCAAAGGUUCCGACUCCUGUUGGGACGAAACGUGACGAUACGGACGGUAAACCUACCGAGUCGAUUGAGCAAAGAGAAACCCCGACAUUGCCGCCCUUGAAUACGGCGCCAAAGGGACGGUCGUCCAAGACCUCGACCCCGGUGACGUCGACUUUCUCUGAAACCACCACUCAGCAGCGGGUCCGGGCUACACGCAGUACGGACCCUGCACCCGCCAAGCGGUCCCAGAAGAAGACUGGCAGCACGCCGGUGGUGCAGCCGAAAGCACCAUCUGAGGAGGAAGAAUCCCUUCACGAAGGGGAUGAUGAGGACGAAGAGGGCGAGCCGCGGUACUGCUACUGCAACGAGAUCAGUUUCGGCGAGAUGGUUGCGUGCGACAACGACGCUUGCCCACGAGAAUGGUUCCAUUUGUCCUGCGUUGGGUUGACCAAGCCACCCGGCAAGAAUGUCAAAUGGUAUUGCGAUGAAUGUCUUCAAAAUAUGCGACGCAGUCGAAGUGGACGGUAG